GCUGAAUCUCUAUGAUACAUUCUUGUGGCUUGCCACAGUGCAUAUCCAUCCACUGCCAUGUUCUCCACCCUGUAUUGUAAUUUACUUGCUCAGGUUAUUUUUUUCUGUCAGGCUGCCUGAGUUAGAAAACUGAGGAGUUCAUCUCUGAGGUCCUGGAUUGGGCUCUUAGAAGUCUCUCAAUGUGUGUUUGUAGGGUGGGGGGAUAGAUGUAGGAUGGAUGAUAGAUGAGGGCCUCUUUACAAGAGAAAUAGAAGAGCCUUCAGAUUAGAUGAUUCAAAUGUCUGUGUCCCAGGGAGGAAGCCAGAUGCCACACCCCACAACCAAAGCCCGGAUUUUUGGGCUGUGGCCUCAGCCUGGCAAAAUGUCUAAUCCAAGAAGAGGGAACUUGGGCAUGACACAGUUACCUGUUUUGAGACUCAUUUCCCAUUUCUUUCUGGAUAAAAGGCCCUUGGGGAGACAGGCAGCCAGAAGCUCCUGUGCCAGAGGUGGAGAUGAAGGAGAGGGAGGCCCCGGAUGCACACUUCACAGUGGACAAGCAGAACAUCUCCCUCUGGCCUCCAGAGCCUCCUCCUAAGACUGAUCAAUCUCCAGUCCUAAGGAAACCUCUCAGCCUCCGAGUGGCCUUCAUCUGUCUGGCAUUGGUGCUGGUCACCUCUAUUGUGCUUCAAGUUAUUUUCUAUCCCAGGUUGAUGGACAAAAUAUUGGAUAUGAAGAGUGAUGCUGAGAUGUUGAGAGGUCGUGUGGACAAUAUCAGCACCCUGGGUUCUGUUCUUGAGAAGGACAGAGGCCGUGUGGAGAAGGCUGAAGUUCAGAUGCAGACACUGAACACCAGCCUCACACGAGUGCAUUCUCAGAUUCUGUCUUUGAGGACCAGCAUGGCACAAGCCAGUGCUCAGAUUAGUGCCUUAACAAGAAGAUGGGAGGAGGUUGAUAAUGUCAGUUCCAGAAUCCCAGAGCUACAAAGAGAUCUGGAUAAAGCCAGCACCUUGAAUGCAAGGGUCCGAGGACUGCAGAGCAGCUUGGAGAAUGUCAACAAAGUACUCCAAACACAGAGUGACAUUCUGGAGAUGAUGUCUCGAGGCUGGAAGUACUUCGGGGGGAACUUCUAUUACUUUUCACACACCCCAAAGUCCUGGUACAGCGCAGAACAGUUCUGCAUUUCUAAGGAAGCUCAUCUGACCUCAGUGACCUCAGAAUCAGAGCAAGAGUUUCUCUACAAGGCAGCAAAUGGGCUUCCACUCUGGAUUGGUCUCACCAAGGCAGGGAAUGAAGGGGAAUGGUACUGGGUGGAUGAAACAUCAUUCAACAUGAAGCAAAGCGAGAGGUUCUGGAUUCCAGGUGAACCCAACAAUACUGGGAGCAAUGAACAUUGUGCCAAUAUAAAGUCAUCCUCCCUCCGGGCCUGGAAUGAUGCCCCCUGUGACAACAGGUUCCUUUUCAUUUGUAAGCGAGCUGCCAUCUAGGCUGUCCCACGACAGGCCUGGCCCUGAGCUCAGCAUUUGUGUUCCAACAGUGAUCCAGCUUGAGGAGAUGCUCUCUCUUUCACACUCCAUGACUGCUCUGCACCUUAAGUUUUUCUUGCUUGAAAAUGUCCCAAACAUAUCAUGAAAUCCAUCUGUCUUGGCUGGGAACUCUGUCCCUGGAGGGCCUUGGAGGGUGUUGGGUUAAAAGGACUUGGACAUGGAGAAGAUGUAGAUGUUCCUGCUGCCCAGGUGAGGCAGGUCAGUACCCCGACAUCUGCAGAAUAUUUUGUUUGGGUUUUCCUGAUCCUUCUAAGAAGCUUUUGCUGACCAUAUAUUAAAGCUACAUUCAAACAUGACCAGUGUUUGAGGACACAGACAUGUUUAGCCCAAUUUAAACACUAUACACUUUACACAUGCAUUGAUCACCUCAUGCUACUCUCAAAGUGUGUAAAUAUUUCAUGUUUUUAUGUGUCCAUUGCAAAUAAAUUUAAAGACUUACUUUUUUUUGA